AUGGUAUCAUUUUGGGCCAACGUCAUUAUUCAUGUUACAGCGCUGACGCUAGAACCGGGGAGUAAAUACUCGCAAUAUGUGAAUAAAUCCUUUCGCAUAACUAUGGCAAGUUUGGAUAUCACACGUGCUAGUGACAGACCGACACAAGUAAUAAUGAUUUAUGAGCAGAUAAGAUUUCUGCUUUGUACUUUACACAAGGAUAAACUAUGGCAAGUUCAACUCGACAUUCUUGUGCCAAAGGAAACUGUUGUAACCCUUUCAUGCAACGGUGGAAGCACCGUUCAUCUAACUGGACAUUAUAGAAUUGACUUGAUAGAACCUCCAUUUAAUAACCCAAACUGGAUAACAUAUUUAUCUUGGCAAAUCUUAAACGAAAAAGUAAAUGACCUAAAAAGCAAAGGAAUUUGUCUAGAAGAACUAAUUGAAUAUUUGAAUAAAUAUACAACAGCAAAAAUCCAGGAUAACUGGAUAGUUACACCAUACUUUAUUAUAAAGGAACAAAUCCAAGAAGAUAGAAUACCUCUUCAAAUUCCAAACUUAAAAAGAAAAAGCUUUGUGAAAGAUAACAGAAUGAAAAAAACAAAAUGCGUAAGGUCAUUACUUCAUUGCAAUGAAAACAUUAAUUUUAAUAGUAGUCCUUCUGAGAAUCCUUCUAAGAUUCCGUCUGAGGAUUCUUCUGAGAGUUCUUCUGAGGAUUCUUCUGAGAGUUCUUCUGAGGAUUCUUCUGAGAAUUUUUCUGAGGAUUUUUCUAAGAGUUCUUCUGAGGAUUCUUCUGAGAGUUUUAUUCAGGAUUCUUCUAUGGAAAGUAAUGACGAUGAUGAAGAAAGUGACAAAGAAAAUAAGUCACCAAUAUAUCGUUUAAGAUCAAAAAUUAUACAGAAAAAUGGAAGAAAAAAUGAAAAUAGGAAGAAACAGCAGAAGGCUAAAGUAAUUGAGAAAAAAUCAAAGGAAAAAGAUUCUGAUAAAACAAAAAAGAAUAGCAAGCAGCAAGAUGUAAGAAUUAUAAAGGGUGGUGUAAAAGUGCAAGAGUUAAGACCUGGUACUGGCAAAAUCGCAGAAAUAGGCAAAUACGUCACAAUCCAUUAUGUGGCUUAUGUGAAGACCGGACAAAUGCUGAAAGAGUAUGAUCGAUUUGAAAACCUUGGUUUGAGAUUUAAACUCGGUGCAAAAUUCGUGAUCAAUGGCUUGGAUGUAGGAGUAAUUGGAAUGAAAAUUGAUGAAAAACGUCGUCUUAUAAUACCACCCAAAAUGGCAUUUAGAGAUGAAAGUUAUGGACUCAAAGUUCCACCUAAUUCUACAGUUGUAUAUGAUGUUGAACUUAAGAAAGUCGAAUAA